AUGGGAGAGAGAAAACAGUAUAGAAUGAUAUUAGCGAUAUUUUCUGAAAAUGAUAAGCAAUUAAAUGCUUUGAAACAAGCCGCCGAGAAAGGAAAUUAUAAAUUAAACGUUGUACAUAGUGAAAGAAGCGCUAUAGAAUAUUAUCAAGAUUAUAGACCUCAUAUUGUAUUUGUCGAUUUACGCUCCAAAGAUGCUUUCAACGGUGAAACGAUAUGCAAAAAUGUGAAAGAUAAAUCGCUAUCCAAUCAAUCAACCAUGAUUGCCGUUGUUAAUCCAAGUAAUUCUGAUAAAGAAGAGCCUAGUAUAGCACCCUUACUUGCUAUGGGAUUCAAUCGGCGAUUUGUGGAGAAUUUUAAUGUGGGUGGAUGUUUAAAUGAGUUAAUAAUGCUGGAAGUAAAUGAUCUUCGGCAGCAAGUAAAAAUAAGGGAAGCCGAUUCACUAUUUGCUGCUAUCCAUAACGCAUACGAUUCCGUAGAAAUUACUACAGAUCGGUCCCAAUUUCAAUAUGUAAAUCCAGCUUUUGAAAGAACAACCGGUUAUUGGAGUUCGGAAUUAAUCGGAAAAUUAGAUAGCGUCUUGCCAACCAGUGACAAAAAUGAUCCGGAAUUGUUUAAUACGAUCAAGUCAUACGUUAGUAGAGGUAGGACUUGGGAAGGCUCUUACGUUGGCAAGAGAAAAUCUGGCGAAACAUAUCCACAAUUUGUUCGUGUUAUACCUAUUAUUGGUCAUGAAGGAUUUUUAACACAUCAUGUGACAAUUAAAAGAGACAUCAGUGAAAUGGAGACUAAAUACAAGAAAUAUGUCGAAGAAUCAAUAAAAUCCUAUCCCAAUGGAAAAGUGGUAGAUCCAAAUCAUAUCAAAACUGUCGAAGCAUCGACAUCAAUGGUAAUUAAUUUGAUCAAAAUUGCACAAGAAAAUGUCAGUGAGAGCCCAAAUAAUGUUACACAAUCACUGGAUAAAGUUCUGCAAAUACUGAAAGAUGCUGAGAUUUCCUUUCCUCAAGGAGCUGACUUUGACUUAAUCAAUUUUACUGAACUUGGCAAUAACACGAUAACAUCACAAGGUAAUUUACCAAGACCAUCUUUAGUAGUUAAUGCCAAAAGUAUACUUAAUGAUGCAUCAGCAGAAAUUAAAAUUGCAUUGGAUGGUGCAUCUGAUUGGGAUUAUGACAUUCUAGAAUUGGAACGUGUUACGGAAAAGAGACCAUUGGUCUACCUUGGUAUGAAAAUAUUUGAGCGCUUCCGAAUGGGCCACUAUCUCAAUGCAUCUGCGGAUGUAUUAUGCAACUGGUUAAAGUUAAUUGAAGCAAACUAUAGACAAAGUAAUAGCUACCAUAACUCGACGCAUGCUGGUGAUGUGUUGCAUGCUAGUGCCUGUUUCUUGGAUUGUGAUCGCGUGAAGAAUUUACUCGAUCCAUUGGAUAUUAUGGCCUCUCUAAUUGCGGCAAUAGUGCACGAUGUUGAUCAUCCCGGCGUUACCAGUGCAUUUUUAUGCAAUUCUCAUAAUCCCCUUGCACUACUUUACAAUGAUAGUGCUGUACUUGAAAGUCAUCAUGCUGCUUUGGCUUUCAAAUUAACUACCAGUAAUGAUAAAGUUAAUAUUUUCAAAGGGCUAGAAAGUGAUGAAUAUCGUUCUAUUCGUUCAUCGAUAAUUGAUAUGGUUUUGGCUACUGAAAUGACAAAGCAUUUUUCUUACUUAUCUAAAUUUACUGACUGUUUAAAUGCUAGCAAGAAUACUGUUAUUGCUGAUGAUGGUACAGAGUUGAAAGUUAUCGAAAGCUCAUCGGAAAAUAGAAUGCUAGCAAAACGUAUACUGAUUAAGUGUGCUGAUAUUUCGAAUCCUGCAAGAAACUGGAUAUUAAGUAAAGAAUGGGCGUUAAGGAUAUUGGACGAAUACAUGUGCCAGUACGACGAAGAAGAUAAGGAAGGUUUACCGUUGACAAUGCAUAUGUUUAACAGAGAAAAAUGUAAUGUGCCUCAAUCACAGCGAUCUUUUUAUGACUACUUCGUUAAGGACCUAUUUAAAUCUUGGCAUUCUUUUGCCCAUAUUCCACACGUAAUGAAAAAUAUCGAAGAGAAUUAUGAUCACUGGCGUAAUGUAGAACAAAAAGGCAUUAAGAUUUAUAACCUUAAAAAUGAAAGGGAGAUUCACAACGUUGUAUAUUGGAGAUCAUUAAUAUUCGAUCUUAAAAUAGUAGAGAAAUCCUUUGCUGUGACAUAUGUUAUGAACUAA